GUUACCUUAAUUUCUCAUCCUUCACCUGUUUUUCAGGCUUCGCAAAAGAACAAGCAGAGACCAUCGUAUCAGCGUUAAUCACCCUGUCAAAUGUCAGUUUAGACACAGUCUAUAAGGAUAUGGUUACCCAGGCUCAGCAGGAAAUAACUUUACAGCAGAUAAUGGCACAUUUGGACUCCAUUCGAAAAGAUAUGGUUAUUCUGGAAAAAAGUGAAUUUGCAAACUUGAGAGCUGAGAAUGAGAAAAUGAAAAUUGAAUUAGAUCAAGUUAAACAGCAGUUAAUGAAUGAAACCGGUAAAAUCCAAGCUGACAGUAAGCUAGAUAUAAACCUGGAGAGGAGCAGAGUGACAGAUAUGUUUACAGAUCAAGAAAGGAAAUUGAUGGAGGCAACUACAGAGUUUCAUAAAAAAGAUUCAAGUACCAACAGCGUUAUUUCAGAAAUCAGUAAUAAAAUUGACACUGAAAUAGCUUCCUUAAAAACACUGAUGGAAUCAAAUAAACUGGAUACGAUACGUUACCUGGCAGCUUCAGUAUUCACUUGCUUAGCAAUAGCACUGGGAUUUUACAGGUUCUGGAAAUAGAUCUGAAUGGAACGAGUGCAUCAAAUACAGCUGGAGAAAAGGCCACCCAAGCAACAUCAAGUAGAUGAUCACAGUUGAGCUUAGAUAACUUUGGUACCUUUUUGUUUUGAUACUCUUAGUGUGCACUGAAGUGUUUUCUGACUUUGUAACACUAAAGAUCAAAAUAAUUGAGUGCGGAGCAGGCAAAGUAAUAGUAAUAUUUCAUUGUCCGCUAUUGAAUAAUGUAUUUAUUUCAAAAGAUUCCCUAUAUAAAAUCAGCAAGUGUUUCCUAAUAGGUUUUAGAAUCAAGUCUGUUGUAUUUUAGAACACUUCCAGUGCUCUCAGCUCCACUCAAACUGGAGAUACUAAACACUUGACAUACCCAUGAGAAUAUGGGACUACUGUUUCUAAAUUAGUAUUACCAACACAGGAGAAUUCCAGCAGAUCUACCCUGACCAAGCAACGUAAUCUGAAAAAUAGGAGCUGGAUGUUUGCUUUUAGUCUGUGCUUGCUUUUUGUGAUGGGUUGAAGCUUGGCCCUUUGGUUUUCUAUUUUCAUAUUUAAAUAUGAAUAUAUACAUAUUUAUAUAUAUAUAUAAACACACUCCAAGGCCUGUACUAAAGAAUCCUUGUUCUUCUUGAAAAAUGGUUUACAUACAGUUAAAAUCUCAUGUAAAAUGAAAAUGUAUCUACAGAUGCAGUUAUUUUUAAUAUCUCUUACAAUCUCUGUAACCCCAGUGGCCAGUUCUCCAGUGGGAUAAUUUCUGUCCUCCUCUUUCUGAGGGGAAAUGCCUCUGUUCUCACCAACUGCAUACAGCCCAGGGGCUGACAAGUGCUCUUAACUCCUCCCUUCAAGGAGUACCAAGUAUUUCCAAUAAAAAGUUGUGUGUUUUCUGGAUAUCAGAUCGGACUUGUGGCACAGAAACUCAGCACCUCAGGUAGUGCCAUUGUGGCUCUGGUUGUCCUGCUCCCAUCUCCAUGCUCCUCUGGAGUGGUCCGUAAUGCUGUGAGGCAGGCUCAACCUUCAGGUGGUGAUGAUCCCUCCUCUGCUUUCUGCAAGGCCUUCACAGCUCUAGUUCCAGAGAUGGGAUGUAAAGGGUGGAUGCCUUCCCUGAAGCAGUCACAUCUUGAGUACAAAUGCCUAUGCUUAGGUAGAUUUCUUUUAAUAGUAAUAAUAAAAAAUAAAAAAGCCCUUGCUGGACUAAACUUUAUCAGAGUAAGCCCUUUAUGGGGUACAGAGUUUAUAGUGCUGUAUAGUGGCAACUUUUGUAUUGCGGUUCUGUUUGCAAUUGAACUUGCUGCUAUCCUGCAAGUUCUUGUAUUCUGUGCAUGACAUUAUGUAUUUACCAUCUACAUUUAUGAAAAUAAAAUUAAUCUCUUAUA